UAUAAUAAUGAUAACAGCCGACCCAGUGGAGUGUACACCAUCUAUCCCAUCGGAGCCACGUCUGCUGUCCAGGUGUACUGUGACAUGGGUUCAGAAGGAGGACGGUGGACGGUGUUCCAGAGGAGGAUGGACGGCACGGUGAACUUCUACAGGGGCUGGGAUCAAUACAAGACCGGCUUUGGUAUCGCUGCUGGAGAAUACUGGCUCGGUCUUGAGUCUCUCUACCACCUGACUUUGAGGAAAAGGUACGAGCUGCUGGUCGACAUGGAGGACUUUGAAGGAAACAAAGUGUUUGCGCAUUACUCCUCAUUCUCCAUUGACCCAGAGUACUACGGAUACACACUGCAUGUUUCUGGAUUCACUGAUGGAGGAGCAGGAGACUCCCUCAUUGUUCACAACGGAAUGAAGUUCACCACCUUCGACAAAGACCUGGAUACCUAUGGAGAGAACUGUGCCAGAUUAAAACUGGGGGCAUUCUGGUACUACCACUGUCACCAUGCAAAUCCAAACGGUGUUUAUCGUUGGGGGGCUGACAGCACUCUCACUCAUGUUGGAGUGGAGUGGAACCAUUGGAAAGGUCGUAACUACUCCCUGAAGACCAUCAGCAUGAAGAUCCGUCCUGUGCAGUAGUUCCCCAGGAUUAACAUACAGCAGAAUACCAGCUCAUAUCUCGUGAUUUCUUCCUCUCAUUAAGCAUUUAAUCUCACAACAAGUCUUAUUUUCCUGAAACUGGGCACCAGCACAAGAAAACCAACUCAUGUUUGUAAAUCUUGUUACCGUCUCUGAUGGUUGAA